GCCACGCGCGUGUCGCUGGCCGUUGAACGCGAGUGUUAACGCUGUCUGCGCACAGCUGCUCUGCUUACAGCCAUGGAGGAAAAGCACACCGUCACCGCACCCGUCGCCUCGGACGCCGCCGUUUCCCCGACCACCGCCGCCACCGCACCUACCAGUGCCCCGAGUGAGGCUGCGCCUUCUCCGUCCACGGAAGAACAUACCGCGGAGAUAUCGCCCACCGGCGGCGGGGGCAGCUCUACCCGCCCACGCAGCCCCAAGCAUCACCGCAAAGGCGGAAAGAAACACCAAGAGAAAGCGCAGACAUCGGACGUCAACCAGUCACACCCACAUCAGUCACAGCAGCGACUUAAUGGCGUGGAGGGCGUGACGCAAGCAGCAUCGGGCACGACGCUUCCGACGUCACUGUCCGCGUCGUCGGACAAGAUGCUAUCGUCUCAGCCACCGGGGCCCCAAGCGGCGGUCGAGGUGCCGAAGGCAGCCGUGCGCGCAGCCGAGGAGCGAAGGUUGGUGGCCUCGGAGCCCCGCGACAGUCCGCAUCCGACCGCCACCACAAACACUGGACUGCUGGAGUACUGGCCCCUGGCCGCGACCAUCGUGGCCCUGGUGGUGGUGAUCGUGCUGCAGCUGCUGAUCGCCGCUCCUCUUCGGCGGCAGAGGGCGCCUCGACCGCACCGCGCGGCUAACGUCUGCGAGUCGGAGCCGUGCCCAUACUACGCGCAGCUGGUCGCCGGCCCCGGGAACCUGAGCGAGCCUGCGUGCGAUAACUUCUACGCGCACGUCUGCGGCAGCGUGACGCAAGCAGCCUCGAGCACAACGCUGCUGAAGUCACAGUCGCUGUCUUCGGGCAAGACGCUGCCGCCUCAGCCGCCGGAGCCCCGAGCGACGGUCGAGGUGCCGAAGGUGGCCGCGCGCGCAGUCGAGGAGCAAAGGCUAAUCGUCUCGGAGCCCCGCCACCGUACUCAGCCGAACGCCACCACGAACACCGGACUGCUGGAGUACUGGCCCCUGGCCGCUACCAUCGUGGCGCUCGUGGUGGUGAUCCUGCUGCAGCUGCUGAUCGCCGCUCCUCUUCGGCUGCAGAGGGCGCCUCAAACACAACACGCGGCUGACGUCUGCAAGUCCGAGCAGUGCCGACACUACGCACAACUGUUCGCCGGGGCUAUGAACCUGAGUGCUCCUGCGUGCGACAACUUCUACGCGCGCGUCUGCGGCAAGUGGGACGCAACUCACUCGAAGAAGGGCGACGGCAGCGUCCUCGCCGAGUCCUGGCGACGGCUGGCCAGGAGUGCAGCAUCGCGGCUCAGCAUGGUCCCGGGCACCAUGGGCAAGCCGGAGCCGGUGCAGAGGGCCUCGCGCUUCAUAUACACGUGCCUGGUCAUUGUCAAAGUGCCGAGGGCGCCCGAGAUCAAGGAGGUCCUGGAAAAGGGCAAAAUCACUUGGCCAAAGCGCAACGAGCGUCCGGACUUCCUCAGCGCGCUCUUCUACAUGGCGAGACAGGUGUUCAACCCCGUCGCUUUUGAUGUCGCGAUCCUGGAGGUGGACGACAGAGCGACAUCGACAUCAAGGACCCAAACACUUUUUUUCGGCCUGCCCACGCGUUUCCUUCGUCACGCGAGGGCGCUGUCAAGGCUUCGACGAUCGGGCAGGCUCCUCGACCACCUGCGCCUAACGUACCAGACACUCGACUUAGGCGUCAAUGAAACUAGGCUGACAGAACUAUCCAGCCACUUCGGAUACUUAGGCGACUUCUUUGCACGCUACGAGGGGGCGUCUGACUACGUCACUAGGAGCGCCAACGUGUCCUUCUUUCUCCAGUACACGCCCUCGGUGUCGAAGGUUCGGUGGGAUGCCCUGACGAAGCGAUACUUCAACGUUUCGCUCGUCGACGACCAAAACAAUUUCCGAGGCGGCGUGGCCAUCCAGGGCGCCGACGUUUUCUCUGCCGUAUUCGAGGUACACGCCAAGCAUGGUGAGCACGUGACCGACGACAUCGUCGGAGGCCUCUGCGCGCAGGCGCUCGUGGACUACACGAACUUCGACCUUCUGGCAAGCCUGCUCGGAGGAAGUCGAGAGCUCGCCACCGAGUCCGUCUACCACAGGUGCUUCUCGGACGCCUACAGGUUCUACGGCGCCGCCAUCGACGCCUACUUCCACCAGCCGCUGAGCCGCGAGGUGGUGGACAUCCGGCGAGUGGCCACGCUUGUCCACCAGACAUUCUCCGACACGCUCCGCCACGACAAGACGACGCCCGGCGCCGUCGCCUCGGGUGCGGCAACCAAUGAGUCGGCGCUGUCUGGCAGGCACGUGAACUUCGACUUGGCCCUGUCUAGCUUGGACGGUCUCAACAGAACGGGGUUCGCUGAAUCGUACGACCGUUAUCCGCCGGUAACUGACAGCGCCCUGUACAACUGGAUGCGGCACGCGGCUUUCGCCUCUGCCGGCGGCAAGUCGCCUACAGGGGUGUCGCUGUGGGACUCGCUGAAGGAAGACGUUGCACGUGCAGCAGGCAGGUUUCUAAAUUUCCGCCUGCGCCUGGCGCACAUGGAAGGCCCCUUCUAUGCGGUCAACGUCAGCGCCGCAGUGCUGAUGGCAGGAGUCGGUGCGCGCUUUGCGGCGGCGCUCUUUUACGACCAAGUCGCGGCCAACAGCUCCGAUGACCCUGCGAAAGUGUACACCGAGAACCAGGAGUGCUUAGUUCCUGGGACCAGUGGAGAGUCGUCAGACCUGGAGAUUCAGGGUGCCGUGGCCUCCAUCGAGGUUGCUUGGGUGGCACUGAAAUCUGCGGGCGCGGCGAGAUCUUCCUCCGGAACGUCCAUCGGCCCUGGGGACGCCAGUGCCGGAUUCCUCGCCGUUGAACCGCUCUUCUUCUCCUUCUUCUGCUAUCUGCUAUGCGGAGAGCCGGACGGCGAACGCCUGUGCAAUGUGCCGCUCCGUCACAGCAGUGUCUUUGCGCGCGUGUUUGGGUGCGAGAGAGCGUCGGUCAUGAACCCGGAGAAAAAAUGCCGCAUGGUCGUGUAGCGAUCGGUGCGCGUUGUCUGCGACUGUGUGCCCGAGAUGCUCGACUUAGGAGGGGCAAGUCUAGCGUUUGCAAGCUUACGUUCGAGCCUAAAUAUUAAGGUGCUCGGAAGUCGUUCUGGAGCUAACUGGGCUAAUAUAUGUAGUGAGUUAGAGACAGGAAAAAGCGACCGCGUACCAAAAUGUUGCUUUGAAGAGGUUAGACGUUUCGGCUUUUACAAGGAAACUGCAAACUUUUCGACAACGCCCUUUUGGUCGGCGUUCUGUUUACCAUGUUUCCAACGUGAAUCUAUACCACCUGGCUAGACGAGAUGUCGACCAGUUACUGAUUUCAUACGCAGCCAAGAUUAUCUUUUGGUUUGGUAACGCUCAGUCGGAGGGCUUCGACUCCAGUGCGAGCAACGCUACUAAGGACAAUGAAACAAAAAAGAACAGUAGGGCUUCAGUUGGUA